CCGCGGAUAUGAUGUAUACAACAACGUAUGCAGUUAUUGCUCUGCUUGCCGGACUAGUCAAAGGUCUAAAGAUGGAAUGCUUUUCGUGUCGAAGCAAUGAAGACUGGUCCUUCUACACUGAGCGAAUACCCGGCUUGAAGAUAAGCAAUGUCUCCGAUCUACUACCAUUGUCGCCUCUUGAAUGUAUCUUUGAUCCUCUACGGAUUUAUGCUGAUCGCACGUCUUCUGGUUGCAAGGGCCACUGUAUGAAGUGGACUUCAGCGAAGAUACUGGAAGAUGGAGGCCUUGAAGUCAAUAUGCUGCGUGGUUGCGUUGAUGCAAUAAUGGAUCCGACGUUUACAGUUCCGGAUGAGAACAGAUGUUAUCAAUCUCCCGACCACUUCACACAUCAAGUGGGAAUCGAAUACAGGAGGGCAUGUUUCUGUAAAGGUUAUAUGUGCAACGAGGCAGCAAACCAGUAUUCUGCGCUGCUCUUGACGAUCAUUGUUCUUUUCUUUUUAGGUGCCAACCAAAACCAAUAUACACUUUAAUUUGUAAGAACAUUUCAAUCGUAGUUUUUGAUUGCAUGUUAUGACUGUUAUGACGGGUCGUUCUUCUCAUGAUUUGAUAUGCUUUUCAGCUAUUUUUUUUAGUUUCUUACUCUUAUGUAACUCUUGUGCCUUGAGACUGUCCCUAAUCGGCAAAAAAUUAC